AUGUCUGCAGCCGACGUUAAGCCGCACUUUGUCUUUGGAGUGCACACCGGAGUGGCUAACAGCCUUCAUUAUUUGGAUGAGGAAACCCUACUUUUCCCGUCUGGCAACAGCUGUGUUUGCUUCAACGUAGAGCAGAAAUGUCAAGAUUUCAUUCCAGCGUCUCAGAAGAGCCUAGGGAUGCUGGCCCUGGCCGUCAGUGCGGACCGGCAGUACCUGGCAGUGUCGGAGCGCGGGAAGAGGGGCACCAUCGUCGUGUACGACCUGCUGGACAAGAACAGGAGGAAGCACGUCCUGAGUGUGGAGGACACUCCCAUCCAGGAGUUCGUCUCCAUGGCCUUCUCCCAUGACUCCAAAUACCUAAUCGGCCAAUCAGGAGCGCCAGACUGGAUGCUGUUCUGCUGGACUGUGUGCAAGCCCAGGGUUAUUGCCAAAGUGAAAAGUGGCGGGCUGUCCUACCCCAUAAUUCAGGUGAGCUUUUGCCCGAAGGACAACACACAGAUCUGCGUGUGUGGAAACGGGGUGCUCAAGCUCUACCGCUACACCGCGGGGGAGCUGAGACAGCUCAACGUCAGCAAGCUGAAGAACAUGGAGUCCCACAACUUCCUGUCGCACCAGUGGGUUUCCCAGGACCGCGUCGUCGUGGGCACAGACGCCGGCCGGCUGAUGGGGUUCGAGUCGGGGGUCCUGUGCUGGGAGACGAGUGUGAUGGACAAGACUUCCACGCAGGAUUCAGAAAGAUCAGCGGAGGUGGUGCAGGAAGUGGGCAUGGCUGAUCACCAGCCUCGUGUCACCACCAUCACUGCUUAUUCCAAGGGCUUCAUCUGCACGGCCGGGCCGGGGACAGUCUGUCUGUUUGAGAGGACCCAAGACUUCCACUUCAGGAAAUCCACCGAGAUCCAGAUCCCCUCAGACUCCUGUAGUCAGGAUCUCACUCAGAUGCAGGAGAUUCUUGGCGUGUGUGUUAACCCAUCAGAGGCCACCUUAUCCAUCUCCACUGCCCGAGGCCAGCUCUACAGCGUCAACCUGACCGUUAUAGAAGUGAGUACGGAGGAGUCAGCUCAGUUUGAGUACCUCUCCCACGCCUACCACUGGGGUACAAUCACAAGCUUGUCCAUCUGUGUACACAAGCCGCUCAUCGCCACUUCCUCCGCGGACCAUUCUGUGCGCAUCUGGAACUUUAAGACCAACACACUGGAGCUCUAUAAGAGUUUCAAUGAGGUGCCCCACAGUGUGUGCCUGCACCCUUCUGGACUGUCUAUCAUGGUGGCCUUCACUGAGAGGCUGUGCUGGAUGAACCUGCUGAUUGACAAUUUCAAGAUAUUCAAGGAAUUCAGCAUCAAAGGGUGUACAGAGUGUGCUUUUAGCAAUGGAGGACACUUGUUUGCGGCCAUCAGCGGAAAGACGAUUCACAUUUACUCCACAUCGUCCUGUGAAAGCGUCAUGAAACUGGCAGACCACAAGGCAAUGGGGCAGUCCCUCGUCUGGACUGAGGACGACAGCAGGCUGGUGUCGCGCGGUAUGGACGGUGUCGUCUACACGUGGGACACUCAGAGCGGCGAGCUGGAGUCCGAGUGCACGCACAAGUCCUGUCAGUACACAAACUUCUGCCUUUCCCCUGACGGUGAGACCAUGUACGCAGUGGGGACGGACUGCACUAUCAAAGAGAUCCAAGACAGCCAGAUCAUCACGGAAGUGCCAGCUGGUAGGGCGACCUACACCACCCUGGCCUUGUCUCGUGAAGGGAGAGUGCUGUUCUGUGGCACAACUGCAGGCUCGGUCACAGUAAUGACCUGCCCGCUGUCAAUCCCCGAUGAGCUGUUCCAUUUUAAAGGCCACGCCGGACCUAUCACCAGGAUGGAGGUCACAUUCGAUGACCAGUUCUUGUUGACCAUAUCGGAGGACGGCUCUCUGCUCAUCUGGAGGAUAGUCUGGAACAGGUACGGUCUGAAGAGUGACAAGAAGAUGUGCUACCUGGAGGAGACCCUCAUCACUAAGUCUGACCUGCAGGAGAAGAACAACAUGAUGAUGGACCUGAAAGCAAGGAUGCAAUUGGUGGAGGCAGAGCACAAGUGCCUGCAAGGACUGAAGAAGAUGCAGGAUGAACGUCAUUUGAAAAAGAUGAGGAAUGAGUUCACUCAGCAGAUAGAGGCCCUGGAGCAAAGGAACAACGGUCUUCAAGCAGAAAAGGCGGAGUUGGUGGUGGAACACAACAAGUUAUUGAGAGACAUGAGGGAAGAGCAUGCAAAACAGAUCAAGGAUUUAAACUCAACCAUGCAGGAGAAGCUGGGGCUGGAGUACAAAACGUCGCAUUUGCUGCAGGUCCGGUCGCAGCAGGAGCUGGAGGGCUGCAGGCUGCAGCUGCAGAGCAUGGAGAACAGCCGUAAGCAACAGGUGGAGCAGCUCACCGGCUCCUACGAGUCCCGGCUGGAGGAGAUCCGGCUCCAGCUUCAGCAGUGCAAGGACCAGUCGCAGCAGCAGAGGCUGGAGUACGAGUGCAUGAUAAAGCAGAUAGAGCAGGAUGCUGACAGAGAGGUCUGGGAGAUGCGCUGCAAGUAUGAGACCAGGUUAAAAGAGCAGGGGAAGAUAAGCACCCAGUACAAGGAUGAAGCUGGCAUUAUGAGGAACAAGUUCAACCGCCUGCAGAAAGAGAUUAGUGACAAAAACAAGGAGAUUGAGAGACUUAAGGCACAGGUCAAGAAGCACCUGAGUGAGAUUAGCAAUCUGGAAAAUGACAUCUUGGGCCUGGAAAAGGAGAUUGUGCAGAGGAAUGAAAACAUCGAGCAAAAAGAAAUUCACAUCUCUGAAAUGAGGCAGAGGAACACUGACCUGGAAAACAUAAAAUUCAUUCUGGACCACCGAGUGAAAGAACUGGCAAUGCAUAUCGAGCCCAAAGAAAUAAUUAUCAGAGAGAUGAAGGAACAGAACCAAAAGAUGGAGGAGGAACUGGCCAUGUUCAGCAAGAAGACUUCCCAGUUGGAGAUAAACACCACAGAGCUCAAAAUGAAGCUCAGUGCCAAAGACAUGCACAUGCGGCAGGAAACGGAGAGGGCAUUCGAUAUGAAUACCGUGGUGGAAAGGUUCAAGGCUGACCUCUUGAGCUGUUCACACGUCAUACAGGAUCCCAAGCGGCUGAAAGCAAGUGUGCUUGAGCUGCAAGAGCGCUACCUAAAGAAGUCUGAUGCGGACAGCCAGCAGCAGGACCUUGGCAAGCUGAAAGACGGGCGCGAGAAGGACGAUGUUAGCAAGAAAGUGGUGAUGUCACUCCAGAGGAAACUGGCCGAGGAGGCCAAGUCCCACUUAACUGAGAAAUUCAAACGGAUGCAAAACGAGUCUACCUUGAUCAAAGAGCUUAACGAAUUAAGAAAAGAGUUGAAGCUCUCUCAAGAGAAAGUCCAUGAUUACAAGAACCAGUUGUCAGUGUACAGGACGAAGAAGUCAUCCAAUUCCUCUGGCACAGAAGCACCAGAGUCUAAUUCAUCCACAUGUGGGCCACGCAUUCCGGCGACUACUCUCACCCCUGAGGAGGAAGCACAGAGGAUCAUUCACCUGCAGCGCGCUCAGAUCGAGUGCCUCACCCAACAGAUCCUAAAACAGGGAAGUGAUUUAUAAACAUGUACAGUUGAAGUCGGAUGUUUACAUACAC